AUGACGUGUCUUCCCAUAACCCCCUGUCCUGCCCUCUGCUUUCCCUUCCCUCCUCUCCUCCUAUCGUUUCACCCAGUGCGGCCCAGCAGUGUCAGCGGCACUCUCCGCCCUUUCAGCCGCGCUGAUGACUUCAGGCGCCCUUCCUGCUGCUGCUUUGUUAAGCCUUCAUACCCUCUUGCUGCCCCCCAACCCCAUCCCUUAUUCACCCAGUGCGGCCCAGCAGCGUCAUCAGCCCUCUCCGCCCUUGCAGCCGCGCUGACGGCUUCAGAGGGCGCUCCUGCCGCUGCCGCCGCUGCUGUUGCUGGGCUCAAGGAUGCUGCUGCGAAGCUUCCCCCUGGAGGGAGAGAACGGGCAGUGCUUGGCAGGAGGUUGCGAGCAGCAGGCAGGAGGGUCACAGGCAUGGGGGCGUACGCCCAGGGCAAGGCUGCUCAGCUCGGCAAGGCAAUGGCAGCAGCAGGGGAGGCAGUGGCAGCGGGGUGCACUGAUGACGGUGCCUCCAAUUUCGACCCUGUUAAGACCUUCAAGCUCGGUCCCCUCACAGUGGACGUCACACCAUCCAAGGCGCUCACAGGCGCGGCUGUUGCUGUUGCCUUUUCAGUGGUGAGCUGGCAGCUAGUGUCAGGGCUACAGGCAGUGGACGAGAGCUCGCUCGCCUAUGCCAACGACAAGGCUCUCACACUCGCACUCGUGAGUGCAGCGCACCUGUUUGGUAGGUUCAAGGCAGUUCACCCAGUGACUGGCGGUGAGCUGGCAGCUGGUGUCAGGGCUACAGGCAGUCUACAAAAGCUCUCUGGCAUAUGCCCUCUCUGGCAUUUGCCCUCUCUGGCAUAUGCCCUCUCUGGCAUAUGCCUUCUCUGGAAUUUGCCCUCUCUGGCAUUUGCCCUCUCUGGCAUUUGCCCUCUCUGGCAUUUGCCCUCUCUGGCAUUUGCCCUCUCUGGCACAUGCCCUCUCUGGCAUAUGCCCUCUCUGGCAUGUGCCCUCUCUGGCAUAUGCCCUCUCUGGCAUAUGCCCUCUCUGGCAUUUGCCCUCUCUGGCAUUUGCCCUCUCUGGCAUAUGCCCUCUCUGGCAUUUGCCCUCUCUGGCACAUGCCCUCUCUGGCAUUGGCAGUACGAGGGCGUUGUACGGCCAAAUACAACGCCCUUGUACUCACGAAUCUGCCAAUGCACUCUCUCUGCGUGGUGCCCUCCUUGCCAUGGGCUACGGCUCAUGCCUUCGCCUUCAACACUCUCCCGCAACCUUAUGUCCCCCGCCUUCCUCUCUCUCCUCCCCACCUACCACGCCUCGCCCCACCAGUCUCUGCGCGGUGCCCUCCUUGCCAUGGGCUACGGCUCAUGCCUUCUCUCUGCCUUCGCUGCUGCCGGCCUGCUUGCACUCGCGAGGGAUCUCAGCUCGCAGGGAGGAGAGGAAGGCAAUUGA